AUGGGCCCCGGGCCCCCGGCGGCCGGAGCGGCGGCGCCCCCGCGGCCCCUGUCGCUGUCCGCGCGGCUGAGCUACGCGGUGGGCCACUUCCUCAAUGACCUGUGCGCGUCCAUGUGGUUCACCUACCUGCUGCUCUACCUGCACUCGGUGCGCGCCUACAGCUCGCGCGGCGCCGGCCUGCUGCUGCUGCUCGGCCAGGUGGCCGACGGGCUGUGCACGCCCCUCGUGGGCUACGAGGCCGACCGCGCCGCCGGCCGCUGCGUGCGCUGCGGGCCCCGAAAGGCCUGGCACCUGGUUGGCACCGUCUGUGUCCUGCUGUCCUUCCCCUUCAUCUUCAGCCCGUGCCUGGGCUGCGGGCCAGCCACCCCCGAGUGGGCCGCCCUCCUCUACUAUGGACCUUUCAUUGUCAUCUUCCAGUUCGGCUGGGCCGCCACGCAGAUCGCCCACCUCAGCCUCAUCCCGGAGCUCGCCACCAAUGACCACGAGAAGGUGGAGCUCACGGCCCUCAGGUAUGCCUUCACCGUGGUGGCCAACAUCACCGUGUACGCUGCCGCCUGGUUCCUGCUCCACCUGCAGGGCUCUCCGAACGUGGAGAUGGCCCGGGAUGCCAGUGACCAGCUGGGGAUCCAGGACGUGCAGGUGUUCCAGAACCUCUCCCUGUUGGUGAUAGGAGUUGGAGCCGUCUUCUCGCUGCUGUUCCACCUGGGCACCAGGGAGGGGCGCCGGCCUCAGGCCGAGGAGCCGGACGAGAACCGCCCGCUGCUGGCGCCCACUACUGCCCGGCCCCUGCUGCUCUGGAGACACUGGCUGCGGGAGCCGGCCUUCUAUCAGGUGGGCCUGCUGUACAUGAGCACGAGGCUCAUCGUGAACCUGUCGCAGACGUACAUAGCCAUGUACCUCACCUACUCGCUCAGCCUGCCCAAGAAGUUCAUCGCCACCAUCCCGCUGGUGAUGUACCUCAGUGGCUUCUGCUCGUCCUUCCUCAUGAAGCCCGUCAACAAGUGCAUCGGGAGGAACCUGACCUACUUUACGGGCCUCCUGGUGAUCCUGGCGUUCGCGGCCUGGGUGGCGCUGGCGGACAGGCUGGGCAUGGCCGUGUACGCGGCGGCGGUGCUGCUCGGCUCGGGCUGCGCCACCAUCCUCGUCACCUCACUGGCCAUGACGGCCGACCUCAUCGGCCCCCACACGCACAGCGGAGCCUUCGUGUACGGCGCCAUGAGCUUCUCGGAUAAAGUGGCCAACGGGCUGGCGGUCAUGGCCAUCCAGAGCCUGUAUCCCUGCUCCUUGGAGAUUUGCUGCAGGGCCUGCAUGGGCUUCUACCGCUGGGUGAUGGUGGCCGCCACCGGCGGUGUGGGCGUGGCCGCCACCCUCUGUCUGUGCAGUCUCCUCAUCUGGCCCAUCCGCCUGCGGAGCUGGGACCCUGGAGCCCAGCCCUGACCCCCCACGGUCCCUGUCCUGUGCACAUGCACGGUGCCCAGCUGAGGCCAGGAGCAGCCCCGUGCCACCCCGCCUGCCAUCCCUGCUCCUCCAUCCUUGCCUGGGCCUAAGGGCACCAGGGCAGGCGGUCAGGAUCCCACUGAGCUUGGCCCUCUGGGACCCGGGGCUGUGCCCAGCUCACCCCUCACCAUGGGGUGUCCCACAUGCUGCCAGGUCCCUUGAUAAUGGCGUGGUCACGGAGCUGGACUGGAGCCUCGGGCAGAGGUGGGAGGAGCAGGUCCCCUGCCCUGUGCCCAGGCCGCUGCUGACCACGAAUAAAGAGCCACCCGUGGGUGAGGACUGUGG